AUGAAGUAUUUAUUGGCAUUGUUAUCAAUUUUGGCAGUUUCCCAAGCGCUUAGAUUUCAUGUUGGACCAAAAGAGAAAAAAUGUUUGAAGGAAGAAAUUCAUAAAAAUGUUGUUGUCACAGGAGAAUAUGAAUAUAGUGAAGGAAUUCAAUAUACCGGAAGUAUUCAUGUAAGUAUUUCUGUUUUUUUUUAUUUUGAGAAUAAAAUUAAACAAAAAAUGGUUGAAAUUUGCAGGUCACCGAUACCCGAGGCCAUACCCUGUACAAACGCGAAAAUUUCGCUGAUUUGAAGGGUAAAUUCGCUUUCACCGCUGACGAAUAUGAUAUUUUCGAGAUUUGUGUUGAAAGUCAUCCACCAGCAGGUAUGCUUUUUUUAUUUUCAAAAUAAUUCAUAUAAUUUUUGAAAAAAUGCUCAAAUUUCUUUAGGAUACCCUGGAGAGAAACGUGAAGUUUCUUUGAUUUUGAAACAUGGUGUUGAAGCUAAAAACUACGAUGACAUUGCAAAGGCUGAAAAGUUGAAACCAUUGGAGGUUGAAUUGAGAAGACUUGAAGAUUUGGCUGAUUCGAUUACCAAAGAUUUCGCUUUCAUGAGACAACGCGAAGAAGAAAUGAGAAAUACCAAUGGUGAGUUCAUUUUCAAAUUCAUAUUUAUUUUGAAGUUUAAUUCCAAAAUCCUGAUUUUUCUUUGCAGAAUCAACAAAUAGCCGCGUUCUCUACCUCUCAAUUUUCUCAAUGUUGUGCCUUUUGGGUUUGGCAAUCUGGCAAGUCCUCUUCCUCCGAAAUUAUUUCAAAUCCAAAAAAUUGAUCGAUUAA